AUGUCAUCAAACAAGGCCGCAUGGCUCAAUAAAGCCGGAACCCCCUUAGAGGUUGGCGAAGCUCCUCUGCCUGUUCCUGGCCCCAACGAGAUCGUUAUUCAGAAUGCUGCCAUUGCUAUCAACCCGCUAGACUGCCACAUGCAGGACCAUGGAGUCUUUGUCCAGCAAUUCCCUGCCAUCUUUGGGUGCGAUGUCGCUGGAAUAGUCUCCGAAGUCGGGACAGAAGCGCAAGGACGCUUCAAGAAAGGGGACCGCGUCCUUGGCCACGCAAUUAAUCUGGUAACUGGCAAGCCUCAAGAUGGAGCAUAUGCUCUGUACACAGCUGUGCCGGCCGACAAAGCAGCCAUCCUCCCUGACUCCAUACCCUUCACCCAGGGAGUGGUUGCUGCUUUUGCUUUGGAAGCCGCAGUAUGCGCACUCUCAGUCAAGACACCCGGAAUCGCUAUGCCUGGUGUCCCAACUCCCGCUCUCGGCCUCCCGUAUCCAUCCUUACAGUCCGUAUCUUCAAAUAAGACACUCAUCGUGUACGGCGGAUCGUCCUCUGUCGGAUCCAUGACCACCCAACUGGCUGCUGCAGCGGGAAUAAAAGUCAUUGCGAUUGCGAGCGAGCGCAACUUCGAUCUCUGCAAGAGCUGUGGUGCAUCUGAAGUGUUUGACUACCACGAGUCUGGAUUCGUCGAGAAAGUCAUCGCCGCCGCCUCCUCCGCACAAGGUCGGGAGUUUGUGGGCAUUUUCGAUGCCAUAUCCACACAAGAGACCUACGAUAUCGACCUCAAGAUUCUCGCUAAACUAGGCGGAGGCCACCUCGCCGCCGUGCAUCCGCCACCACCCGAGGUUCCAGAAAACGUCAAGGCCGGCAUGAUUUUCGCUGUUAACGAUGUUGCCACCCCCGUCUGGAAGGAGUAUGUAACGCCGGCAUUGGAGUCCGGGAAGCUCAAAUGUCUUCCUCCUCCCACCAUUGUUGGGAAGGGAUUGGAAUAUGUCAAUGAAGCACUAGCAAAAUCGAAGGCUGGCGUGAGCGCGACAAAGCUGGUGGUGGAACUAUGA